UUAUCUAACUGAAGAUUGUCGAUUGAACUGUAUAAAUAUAAAUUCUAUUCUGGAAAAUUUAGGUUGAAUCAUCCUUAUAAUAUAAGGAUUAUAUUAUAAUAAUGCAAUUCAGAAAACAAAUAUAUUUAUUAUCUUAGUAUAGAUUAUGUUUUUGUCUAGUAAUUGAAAUAAUGGAUGAAGCGCACAGGGCACAGAAAUGUCAAUGCAGUUGAAGUGGGCAAUCACAGAUGUGUCUAUAGUGAGGUCCACGUUAUAAUGGCAGUGGCACAGUCUCCAUGUUGGCCCAACAUGAUCAAGAUCGAGAAGCAGGAGGAUGAAUUUGGAGAAUGUGAAUUUGUAACUAGCAACGUCAAAGAUGAGUCAUCCUCACGCAAUGGUUCAACUUCCAAUCAGAUUCAAACUGCUUUCCAUAGUAUGGAGUACCAUGUUUGUGGAAAAAUUGCAAAAGUAAUUGUUAACAGACUGGAAGAUGUAUCAACAUCUAGACCACAAAUCAAAUUUCAGAUCAAGAUCGAGAAGCAGGAGGAGGAUGAAUUUGGAGAUUGUGAAUUUGCAACUAGCAACGUCAAAGAUGAGUCAUCCUCACACAAUGGUUCAACUUCCAAUGAGAUGGCGAGAGUUAAGCAGGAGAAUGAUAGCAGCCAAGAACCAGCGCCAGAGUGCAGCAUUGCAUGCUCUCAAACUGAUGAUGAUUUCAGCCAACAAAAUUAUCUAAUCCCUGGCUAUAAUCUGAUAUACAUAAAAGAGGAAGAAUAUGUUGAGCAAGAGGCAGAAGGAUGUUCAGUGGAGAGUGAACCGGAGAUGUGGCCUUCAAACUGCAGCACAUCUGAAACUGCCAAUGCAACAGAAGUGGAUGGACUGAAUGUACAUUCAAUCUCUCCAGUAGAAAAGUGCACUGAGCCAACUGUGGCUGGCAAAAAGAUCAAGCUCUACAACUGUGCUGACUGCAGCUAUGGAGCCACACAGAUCGGUAAUUUGAAGAGACACAUGAGAAAACACACUGGGGAAAAGCCUUUCAGUUGUGAGUUAUGUGACUAUAAAUGUGCUCAAUCAAGUGCUUUGAAAUUGCAUAUCAUAACACAUACAGGAGAAACACCUUUCAGCUGCGAGUAUUGUGAAUAUAAAUGUGCUCAAUCAAGUGCUUUGAAAUCACAUAUCAGGACACAUACAGGAGAAACACCUUACAGCUGCGAGUAUUGUGACUAUAAAAGUGCUCGAUCAAGUGCUUUGAAAUCACAUAUCAGAACACAUACAGGAGAAACACCUUACAGCUGCGAGUAUUGUGACUAUAAAUGUGCUACUUCAAGUAAUUUGAAAUUACAUAUCAUAACACAUACAGGAGAAACACCUUUUAGCUGCGAGUUUUGUAACUAUAAAAGUGCUCGAUCAAAUACUUUGAAGGAACAUAUCAGAACACAUACUGGAGAAACACCUUUUAGCUGCAAGUUUUGUAACUAUAAAAGUGCUCAAUCAAAUACUUUGAAGGAACAUAUCAGAACACAUACUGGAGAAAGACCUUUCAGCUGCGAGUAUUGUGACUAUAAAUGUGCUCGAUCAAGUGCUUUGAAAUCACAUAUCAGAACACAUACAGGAGAAACACCUUUCAGCUGCGAGUAUUGUGACUAUAAAUGUUCUGAUGCUUCUAAUUUGAACAAACAUAUAAGAACACAUAAAGGAGAAACAAGUACUAGCUGAAAAUUUGUGACCACGUGUACUCAUUCAAAUUUAUUUUACUGUGUUUCUUAGGGUGGCAACUCAUAACAGGAAAAGUGUGUUGAACAUGUGUGUACACUCAUGUCGCUAUACAUUGUUGUGUCAUCACAGCUGAAGGCUUCAAACAACAUUUUUUGAGGUUCUGAGUGAGUAUCGGCUCACACGUCCCCCCUCCUCUAUUCAAAUUGCCAAAGUCGCCCUGGGCUGGCGUCUGGGGAGGGGUGGAGUAGGGGAUGCUGCUCACAGUGUGGUGUGUGCCGGUCGCUCUAGCGCCUGCCGGUGGAUGGAACAGCCGGGGGAGCGGCCUCUUGGGGACUGCUGGGCUCCUCGCGGUGUUCGGUGACCUCCUGGCACUGGGUAGUGUCCUCCAGUAUACCACGGUUGUCAUCUCACAAGACUGAAGUUCAUUUCUUUUCAGGAGAUGGUAGUCGUGCUUUGGCACUACCUGGUGGGAGGGGAAUCGCAAGGAGUGGUGGGAGAGUAGUGGCAGUCAUCACCAUCGUUGUAGUGCAUGGCAACAGGUCAAAACUUUUCAGAAAUGGUCUCCUGUCUUCUGAAGUAGCCAUUGUCACUGAUUCCGGUUUGCUUCCAGAUCAAGUAGCGUUCGGUUUAUCCUCUUAGUGACCCCUACAGGUCACCAUAGGUCACCUGACCUGUUUUUUUUUAGAUAAAUGAAUAAUUUAAACUCAAAUAGUGCAGAAAUAAAAAAUAAACAACAUCAAUUCGGAGAUAUAAAAAACCUAAUCCCAACAAAUUUUACUGAAAGCCUUUUGCUGUGAUGACACAACAAUCUAUGAUAAUAUGUGUAUCAUGCAUGUCUUACCGUUAGUGGCCAGCCUUAUGAAAUCAUCCUUGCAAUUUCCAUUACCUACUCACAAGCAUUACCUGCUCACAUGGUUAUCAUCCACAAUAAAAUUAUCAAGUCAUUUGAUAAAUAA